AUGGCGACACAAAUAUCCACCGGUACCGCGGAGCUGCGGGAUAUCACCAAAAUGGAGCGGAUCGGUUCGCAUUCGCACAUCCAUGGACUGGGUCUUGACGAUAGGUUGGAGCCAAGAGAGAGUUCUCAGGGUAUGGUGGGACAGGCGAAGGCGCGGAAGGCGGCGGGCAUGAUCCUCAAGAUGGUUCAGGAAGGACGCAUCGCGGGACGCGCUAUGCUCUUCGCAGGCCCGCCUUCAACGGGUAAAACUGCUAUAGCAUUAGGCAUGGCGCAAACCCUUGGUCCCGAUGUCCCUUUCACCAUGAUUGCGGCAAGCGAAGUCUUCUCACUGUCCAUGUCGAAAACAGAAGCCUUAACACAAGCCUUCCGAAGGAGCAUUGGUGUCCGCAUCAAAGAGGAGACAGAGAUCAUCGAAGGGGAGGUCGUUGAGAUCCAAAUCGACCGAAGUCUGACAGGGGCGACGAAGACCGGAAAGCUCACCAUCAAGACGACGGACAUGGAGACCAUCUAUGACCUCGGCAACAAGAUGAUCGACGCGUUGUCGAAGGAGAAAGUCACUGCGGGCGACGUCAUUGCUAUCGACAAGACCUCCGGCAAGGUCACAAAACUUGGUCGGUCGUUCGCGCGGUCAAGGGACUACGACGCUAUGGGUGCGGACACUAAAUUCGUGCAAUGCCCCGAGGGUGAAAUUCAAAAGCGCAAGGAAGUUGUGCACACGGUCUCCUUACAUGAGAUAGACGUCAUCAACAGUCGAACACAAGGCUUCCUCGCGCUUUUUGCUGGAGACACGGGUGAAAUUAAGCCUGAACUCCGCAACCAGAUCAAUGCGAAAGUGGCAGAAUGGCGAGAAGAAGGAAAGGCGGAGAUCAUCCCAGGCGUCUUGUUCAUCGAUGAAGUUCACAUGCUCGACAUCGAAUGUUUCUCAUUCUUGAAUAGGGCGCUUGAGAACGAGCUCGCACCCCUUGUCAUCAUGGCUUCCAAUCGAGGGGUCGCGCGAAUACGUGGGACCAACCUCCACAGCCCUCACGGACUUCCUCCGGACUUGCUUGACCGUGUGUUGAUCGUCAGCACACAACCAUACUCACCUGAGGACAUCAAGAAGAUUAUCAACAUUCGCUGCGAGGAGGAAGACGUCUCUCUGACACCAGAGGGCCUCGAGAUUCUCUCAAGACUGGCGCAAGACACCACCUUACGUUAUGUUCUCAACCUGAUCUCUUGUGCACAAAUGCUCGCGCUCAAACGUAAAGCGGAAGCCGUCGACAGUGCAGAUGUCAAACGCGCGUAUGAGUACUUCCAUGACGAGAAGCGCAGUGUCGAGUGGAUUAGCGAUCAAACAAACCAUCUUGUGUCAGAGGAGGGAGUCGACUUCGCCGUCGGCGGUCAGCCCUUUGGCAAGAGCAAGGCCGACGGACCAUCAGAUGCCGCUAUGGAUGAAAACUGA